GCGUAAAAACAACGGGCGAACGUCUUCUGAGUCCGGGAAGAGUGCCGUGUGAUCUCACCCAGGGCAGUGCAGCCAUGGGCGUGCUGAUGUCCAAGAAGCAGCAGGUGGAGAAGGUUCAGAAGGCCAAUGCUGUGGUCAACGCCUUCAAAGCCGGCAUCGCCGAACGCCCCGCCCCCUCUGCAGCCGCCGACCAACCAGAGGCCUCCGCCCAGUCCGGAGACAACGUAGAGGAGGUCACGUCCCCAGCAGCAGCCAAUGACAACAAGGACGAGGACAACAAGGAAGAUGAGCAGAAACAGGAGGAGGACGCGAAACCCGGAACGUCCAAUCAGGCGAUGAGGGAGGAGUGCCAAAAGGCCAAUCAGGAGGCCUGGUCCCGCCUCCGGGAUGGCAAAGGGGUGGAGCCGGAGGACCUGGUGAAGGCCCACCAGCUGACUCCCCCGGCGUUCAUCCGGCCCAAGAGGGAGAUCGACGAUGACCAGCCGCUGGAGGUGGACCUCGCCAAGAGGGAACAGCCGGUGAACGAUGAGAUGUGUGACGUGUGCGAGGUGUGGACGGCGGACGACCUGUUCCCGUGCCGGACGUGCACGCGUGUGUUCCACGACGGCUGCGUGCGGGAGCUGGGCUACCUGCGGGCCGAGGCUCUGCAGACCAUGAGGGACACGGCGCACACCACCGCCGGCUGGAGCUGCUACUACUGCGAUAAUGUGAACCUGCUUCUGACCGAGGAGGAGAUGUACAGUCUGAUGGAGACCUUUAAGCAGUGCAAGAUCAUCCCAGAGUCCUUCCUGGUCUCCGACGAGUUGCUCCAGUACCGGCACUUCGUCUCCAAGCAGCUGUUCGACAAGGAUCUGACGGAUGAGGAGGAGGAGGAGGCGCUGGCCCAGUUUGCCGCCCUCGACCCGGAAAAGCGUGGCCAGAUCGAGUGGAUCGACUUCCUCUACCACGAGUCCCUGUCCGUCCUCAGGAAGUUCCGCACAGAGAAUUCCCUGGUGCGGGUGCUGUCCGCAAAGGAGCGCGAUCGGGCCCGCGCAGUGUUCCAGAGUCUGGACCAGGACAAGGACGGGAUCAUCACGGGCAGUGAGACCCUGCGGGCCCAGCCCACAUGGUUCCAGAAACUCAGUCCAGAAGACCAGGAGUCCCAGUCCUGCAAUGUCAGAGUCAUGGGUUUGUGUUCUCCUGUGCUCAGUGCGGGCAUCAGCCACGUGGGCCCUAUAUCAGAAAACAGCCCAGUCAGCUCCAGCAGCGAGAGGAGCAAGGAUGACAACAGGGCUGUGAGCUGGGACGCCUUCCUGCGCGAGAGCGCCCUCUACAUCCUGGCCGCCCGCCCCAACAGCGCCGCCAUGCACAUCCGCCUGCCCCUGUGA